GCAAUGUCCUGAGGUUCUAGGAAGACUUCUGCACUCAUCCCAUUAAAGGGUUAUCGCUCCUUUUGGCUGCCCCAAGACUUAAAGAUUAAGGCGGUCGCCGCAGUAGACUUCUGCCAGACCUCGCCAGUGCGCUGUAUGAACACCGACCUCUCUCGCGUCAGCCUCAGCGCCGGCUCCCUGCAGGAUUCUGGACAGCAAUCACACCUCUGGAGGAACAAUGGGUGGCCAGUGCUCCAACCUGGAUGACAUACUGGAGGAAGACAUGCACCACUGGUACACCAAAUUCAUGAGGGAGUCUCCCUCAGGGCUCAUCACGCUCUUUGAGCUCAAGACGAUGCUUGAAAUGAACGGUAUGACAGAGGAGGCCAGCAGCUAUGUGGACCAGGUCUUCUUCACUUUUGACAUGGAUGGGGAUGGCUACAUAGACUUUGUUGAAUAUAUCGCAGCAAUCAGUUUAUUACUGAAAGGAGAAAUAAACCAGAAACUAAAGUGGUACUUCAAGCUCUUUGAUCAAGAUGGAAAUGGGAAAAUCGACAAGGAGGAACUGGAGACUAUAUUUAAGGCAAUUCAAGAUAUCACCAGGAGUUAUGACGUCCCCCCAGAGGAGAUUGUGACUCUUAUAUAUGAGAAAAUCGAUGUCAAUGGAGAAGGUGAGCUGACGCUGGAGGAGUUCAUCAGUGGAGCGAAGGACCACCCUGACAUCAUGGACAUGCUCAGCAAGAUGAUGGAUCUUACCAAUGUCCUGGAAAUCAUUAUCAACGGUCAGCAGAAGAAAGCUGUGAACUGAGCUGCUGAUCGACAGGCCGGACUGUGUGGAGAAUCGAGAUUGUUUUCCUGGUGGCUUUUUUCGGAAUGCGGCAGUGUUGCGGAGAGAGUGUGCGUGCUUGAUGAAGAGCCAAGUCCCCAUCUCAGACUGCACCGAAUGAAAUGAGUGAACUGACCAAACAGUCCCGCGCAGAUAUGAUCUUUCUGUAAGUUGGCCAAAGAGAGAAGGGAAUCUGUCCUCGUCCUUCUGCUUGUGCUCUCGCGUUUCUCGUUCGAUUGCCCUUCAGUUUUGCUGAGGUUUAAAACACCUCACCGGAUUAUGUGCUCGGAGAGUCUCGGUGAAGAAGGGCCCGACUGCUUCCCAAGUUCCCAUCAUGCCUCAGGUAGAUGGUACAAAGCAAGGUGGAUAAAUCACUUUGGUUUGUGUCAUUAUGAGCUUACUGAGCCAGAAAUGCUGUAUGGGCGUCUGGGUUUGCAGUACUGUCAGGCACAAAGGGAAAAGCCGAGUGGGUUGCUUCAAUCCAUAAUGUCACGGAAAGCUUUGGGUUCAUUUUUUUAUUCAUACCUGAUAAUAGUUCAAAUUUAACAUACUGAAUUCACAUUUUAAUUCUGAUUAGUCCUGGUGAGGAAAACUAACAAACUCAGUCGGAGUUUUUGAUAGAACCUCUUCAUAGAAAGCACCGUGUUCAAUUCCUCUGCCAAUCAAUGGCAUAAUUACCGUAUUUUGAUGUUAGGAUACUAACAUCUAAAACACCCACUGAGAUCCUUUAUUCUUUGUAUUUGCUCUUGUAAGAUGUGUAUGAAAACUACAUUACUGGAUGUAUAAAAAAACUGGAUGGUAACGGAGUACAAUUGUAGUGACUCAGUGUCAAAGUAUUUGUCAUCGUGUACGUGAAAUGUAAAGUUUCAAAAUAUUUUGCC